GGGAGCGCAAGUACAAGCACCCACCCGUUCGUUGAAUUAUUAAAAGAAAUAGUUUUUUUUUUAAUAAUUAAUUUCAGUGAACAUACAUAAGUGCUUUAAAAAGUAUGGCUCAUACGGCGCGUGCCCAUAGUACAUCAAAAUCACAUGAAUGUUACGCUUUCAACAAACCAUCUAAGCAACGUUCCAAAUCUGCAAAUCCACCAACGACACACUUUCUCGUAAAUUUUUCUAUACAACGAGCGCGUCAUGUCCCACCAUUUUCAGUGCAGUCGUUACAAAAAAAUACCGUCGUUAUGCAUGGUCCGAUAGAAGGACCGCCGGCACCGGCUAGCGCACGCGGCAAAGUAAAUACAAAUGUUAAGUGUAGUAAAAAGAAAGCGAUUUCUACACUAGAACUAGAUCUACGGGGGCAUAGUGUUAAUGGAAAUGGUGGCCACAGACGUCCUACAACAACAUUUCGCAUGUAUUUUGAUCGUGGGGAUCUGCCCAUCAAAAUGGAAUAUUUGUGUGGAGGAGAUAAAAUUGGUUGGACGGUGGAUAUUGACAAACUCGACUACAGCCUCUACUUGCCACUCUUCUUCGAUGGCCUUUCCGAGACUCAACACCCCUACAAAACGUAUGCUCGUCAAGGUGUUUCCGAUUUAUUGGUUGCGGGUAGUGAUAAAAUUCAUCCCGUGGUACCGCAAUUAAUAUUGCCACUAAAAAACGCACUCAGCACACGCAAUUUGGAGGAUAUGUGCACUACCCUGAAGAUAAUACAACAGCUUGUGAUGUCUUCGGAUAUGGUUGGACCGGCUUUGGUGCCAUUUUAUCGACAAUUAUUGCCAAUGUUUAAUGCUUAUAAGGUGAAAAAUGUCAAUUGUGGUGACGAAAUUGACUACGCCCAGCGCACCAAUAUGAAUUUAGGCGAUCUUAUCGAUGAAACACUGCAAGUACUGGAAUUGCAUGGCGGCGAAGAUGCUUUCAUCAACAUCAAAUAUAUGGUGCCUACGUACGAGUCAUGUUAUUUAAAUUAAUUUAUGUUUGCUACUCAUAAGUUUGUAUUACAAAAGUAUUAAAAAACAUUAGAUAAUUUCAACUUUCGUGCAAUAAAAAAACGUAUUACGAAGAUA